AAGUUUGGACUUUGGCUGCUGCAGUGUUUUUUUGAACAGGACUGGAGCCUGGCGCCGGCUGAUGGUGAAAUAGAUAUAAUCCCACGUGAUAGGGAGAAACCAGUCACUCUUCAGGAGGAGAGAGGGAGAGUGCAGCCAUCAGACACCCCUCUCCUCCUCCCCCCUCUGCCUGGUGCUGGGGUGAUCACUGUUUGCUGCACUCUGCCCCCCUGCUAGAUCAUCUCUAGAUCUCUGGAUCAGCCUGCAGAUUUCUGAAGGUGUGAGGUAUAAAUGCCAUUCGAGGGGAGGUCUCUACUCACUGCACGCCUGAACAUUGGAGAUGGUGGGAUUGCUCUGGAUCAGAAGGAUUGUGUCCUGCUCAGCUGGUGAGUCAACGAUCUAGGAGAACCUGCCACUGGUGGGAAGACAUCUACAGAAGGAGAGAUCUGGAAUCCAGCCUAGGGAACAAGAGAUUUUCGGAUACACUCUAAAGAAGGGAUCUUGGAUCCAACCUAGAGCUCAAGAGAUCUUGGACCCCAUCUAGAGCUCAAGAGAUAUUGGACCCAAUCUAGAGCUUAAGAUAUCUUGGACCCAGUCUAGAGUUUAAGAGAUAUUGGACCCAAUCUAGAGCUCAAGAGAUCUUGGACCCAAUCUAGAGUUUAAGAGAUCUUGGACCCAGUCUAGAGAACAAGCGAUCUGGGAUACAACCUAAAUAAGGGAUCUGAGAUCCAGUCUAGAGAUCAAGAGGAGGACCCAGGCUAUCACUGGAGGAGAUCUUGGAUCCAGGCUGCUGCUAGAGAAGAUCCUUGGAUCUGUUGCUGGAGAAAGUUGGAAGGAUGUACCAGAGUAUAGCCAUGGCUGCUGCUAACCACGGCCCCCCAUCUUAUGAAGGGGCUGGGGGCUUCAUGCACGGUGCGUCUGCCUCCUCUCCGGUCUAUGUGCCCACCACCAGGGUGUCCACCAUGAUCCCCAGCCUGCCUUACCUUCAGAGCAGCGGCCAUUCUCAGCAGGCCAGUCCGGUGUCUGGGCACAACAUGUGGGCACAAGCUGGGGCAGAGAGCUCAGCCUACAACCCAGGAACCCCUCAUCAGCCGGUGUCCCCCCGCUUUGCUUUCUCCUCCAGCCCCCCCAUCAGCACUGCCUCCUCCAGGGAGAUCUCCUACAGCAGCCCCCUGGCCAUCUCAGCCAAUGGGAGAGAUCAGUACAGCCGGGGGCUCAGUGCCACCUACAGCAGCCCCUACCCUGCCUAUGUGCCCCAGGACAUGAGUGCCGCCUGGACUGCCUCCCACUUCGACACCUCUAUGUUGCACAACCUGCAGAACAGGGCAGGACCCGGUGCCCCCCGACACCCUAAUAUAGAGUUUUUCGAUGAUUUCUCUGAGGGGAGGGAAUGUGUCAACUGUGGAGCGAUGUCCACCCCUCUGUGGAGAAGGGAUGGUACAGGCCACUAUCUGUGCAACGCCUGUGGGCUUUACCACAAGAUGAACGGAAUCAACCGCCCAUUGAUCAAGCCUCAACGAAGGCUGUCUGCCUCCCGCCGCGUUGGUCUCUCCUGUGCCAACUGUCAUACCACCACCACGACACUAUGGCGCCGCAAUGCAGAAGGGGAGCCUGUAUGCAAUGCCUGUGGACUCUAUAUGAAACUUCACGGUGUACCCAGACCGCUAGCAAUGAAAAAGGAAGGCAUACAGACAAGGAAACGUAAACCAAAGAACCUCGGCACACCUAAAACUCCCUCAGGACCAAACGGCAGCGAUAACCUCACUCCUUCCACCAGCUCCACCAACUCCACGACAGCAGAGGACCUGCGCCCCAUCAAGAUUGAACCCGGACUGUCUCCUCCAUAUGGCCACUCGAGUUCUUUAUCUCAGGCAUCUUCACUAUCUGCUCUUACAAGCCACGGACCAUCUAAUUAUUCAAUGGCAGGCCUUAAACUCUCUCCGCAGACCCACCAUUCAAUCAACACAUCUCCACAAGUCAGCUCCAAACACGACUGGAAUAACCUGGUUUUAGCGUGAGGCCGUCCAAGCAACUCUGACACUUCCUAAAGUCACUUGAACAGUGGGCUUCGCAAACAAUGACUAGUAUUUUUUUCCUAGAAAAUAAUUGUAUGCAACAACUACCACUAAGAAAAUAGAAAAUAAAAUUGCAAGCUCUCAAGAGACUUAGAAAGUUGCGAUAGAAUUUGAACUAUUAGAGUAAAAAUAAAAAUAAUUUAAUGUCUCUUCUACUAGCAAAGAACCGUUUAUAAACUGGACAGUAUUUAACGUUUACGGCUUUGGAGGUUUUACAGCUUCUGGCAAGGUGACCCAACGUCACCAAAGUCACACCAGCAAGGGAUACAAUCUUCGAUGUGAAACAAUGGAAGUGGCUGGAAGACUUUUUUUUUAGUACCUUUGCUAGUGAAAAUUUGCAAAUUAAAAUAAAAAAAUAAAAACUUUUUUUUCCCAAGAAGAAUAAAAAACUAUAUUUAAUCAAGAGGGGGGACGCUGAUCUUUGUUUCCGCUGCUGAGUGCUUUUUUCAAAAUCAUCAUCACUUGUUGAUGUGGACUUUCUCCUUAUCAACAUUCAUAUUUUGUGUUCUUUGGCAAAAAAGAAAAAAAAAUGUGGAUCUGGUUUGUAUUUUUAUGUUCUACACUUCCGAGUUGAUUGUAGACUUUUUUGUAAUGCCUUUAAAAAAAGACUAGAUUUUGGAAUGAUGUUUUGGGGGAAAGAAUUUUUUUUUCUCAAAUUGAAACCAGAUUUAGUUGUCAUGCCAGUUAUUAUUUUAGAUUAAUUAAUUGAUUGCCAUGGGAAAAAAAACAUUCUCAACUAGAAACCAGACUUACAGGUAGCUGCCAUACCAAGUUAACACUUCAAGUUAAUUUACUGAUUGUAUAUUGGAUAUUUUCACCUGUAAAUAAAAGGCAGGAAAACCAUAAAUGCCAGCUAAAUCUCAAAAUCGUUGGAAUAUAUUACAAGUUCGGAAUAUAUUGCAAGAUGUUAUUUAAGUAUGAUUGACUUUGUAAACUGUUGUAUAAAAUUAGAGUUGAACUUUUCAAUGUAUUUAAAAUAUAAAAAGAAACAUACGCUUGAUUCCAUUAUUAUGUUAUGAUGCCCAUGUCAUUGUGUUCUGACAGUUGGCUGCAGUUUAGAAAUGGCUUUUUUUUUGCCGAAGGGUUUAGCUGUAACACCAAAACUGCCACCUACACUGUCUACAGUACUACACUCCAUUUGUUGAGAUGCCUUUUUACUAUUGUGCAACAAAUAAAUAUGGAAAUAUA